UCUCGCUUCACCGGAAUCGGACGAUGGGCUGAGCGUCCCGGUACGACUCCGGUGAGAGAAGACUCAUACCUGGUGUCAGACUUUGUGCCGGUCCGGCUCUCAUCCUCAGCCUCCGGUCAGACAUGCAGAGAGUGGUCAUCGUAACCGGCGCCAACAGUGGCAUUGGCCUGGCGUUGUGUGAGAGGCUGCUGACUGAGGACAGCCAGCUCCGUCUGUGUCUGGCCUGCAGAAACACGCAGCGGGCUGAGGCUGCCCGCUCCGCCUUGCUGACCUCUCACACCAAUGCACAUGUGGACCUGCUGCAUCUUGAUGUGGGCUCUGUGCAGUCAGUGUUCACUGCUGCUCAGGAGGUCAAGGCCAGGUACAGCAGAAUUGAUUUUCUGUAUCUAAAUGCAGGAAUUAUGCCCAAUCCACAAGUGGAUGUCAAAGCUUUUUUCAAGGGUCUGUUUUCCAGGAAUGUCAUCAACAUGUUUGCGACAGCAGAGGGUCUCUUAACUCAACAGGACCGCCUCAACUCAGAUGGACUGCAGGAAGUUUUUGCCACCAACCUCUUUGGUCAUUUUCUUCUGAUCAGGGAGCUGGAGCCUCUGCUGUGUCAGGCAGGCCACACAUCCAGGAUAGUGUGGACCUCCUCGAGUAAUGCCCGCCGCUCUGCCUUCAGCAUCGAGGACAUGCAGCACAGAAAUGGGACGGAGCCCUACAGCUCCUCUAAGUACGCUUCGGACACACUCAGCCUGGCGCUCAACAGACACAAGAAUAACCAGGGGCUGUUCUCCGCCGUGAUAUGCCCAGGACUGGUGAUGACUAAUCUGACCUAUGGUAUCCUGCCCUCAUUCUUCUGGACUCUCAUCAUGCCUAUCAUGUGGUUGAUUAGGAUCUUCACUAACACAUUCACACUUACACCAUACAACGGAGCAGAGGCACUGCACUGGCUGUUUCUCCAAAAGUCAGAGUCUCUGGAUCCACGAGCAAAGUAUCACAGUUUAACGUCAGGACUUGGAACAAACUACACACAACCUCGAAAAAUGGACAUCGAUGAUGAAAUGUCCGAGGUCCUCUAUUCAAAACUUCUUGACCUUGAGAGAGUAGUCAGAGGGGAAGCGAAUGAGGGAAACGCUGCUAACAAACUCAUCAACAGUACCUGAAUGAGGCAGAGUGAGUCUUGUAACGGAGAGCUUUAGAAAUAGAUCAUGUGCAAUUUGUGAUGUAAACCAGCAACAGUGCUCUUAUUCAUUACAUUCUUGCCAGUUGUAGUAUAGAAAUAUGUGUGUUUUUAUAUGUGAAUGAAACAACCAUACUUCUUCUACCUCAGUCAAGGUCACAACUUUGAUUUGUGCAAUGUGAUCAUGUUGGCUACAGAAGUAAAGCUACUUCUGAGGUGACCACUUGGAUUCACUGCACUAGAUAACUCUAAUCAUGUUAAAAUUAGCAACAUUUGACAGUGAAGCACUAAAUGGAACAUUUUUAGGAAAUUAUUUGUAUUAAUUUGCAGUUUGUUUUCAAUAAAAGGAAAAUUUACUUUGAAA